CAAACAACAUGAACAAUUUAUCUGCUAUCAGAGAAAAUAUUUUAUAACCCAAAAUAAAUGUUUACUCACUAACAGUUGUAAAUUGCUUAAACUGGAGAUUUCAGAGGAAUUUUUCACAGUAAAUAAAAUGAUUACUAAAUUCUUCAGUUACAGAACAUUCAAGGCAUGUGUUUUUCUACACAGCUUAACUGAAAUGUAGUUUAACCAAUGGUUUACAAUUUAGUCAAAUAACAAAGCUGCAAACCACUGAGGGAGUCAUAAAUUAUAUCCUUUGCACUUUCAAAAAGCUUUCAGCUGGUAUUGAUCAUUUGUUUUUAUUUUCGAAGCAUAACAGCUUUAACAUAAUUAUAUUCAUUAGUCUGACACCUAGAAAGCAAUGAGCAUUGAUUUGUACAAUGAACAAAUGAGCAAGUUUUCUUGUGUUCUUGAAUUAUAAUUCCUUCAUUUGAGUAUAUUCAAUUUAUUCACAUAACAUUAGGUUCAUUUUACAUGACUGGGACACUUAGAAUUUAGUUAACAAGGGGUAGGAAAUCUCCAACAUUGUAAUAAUAGACCAAGUGAUGCCCACCUACAGCCAAAAGCGUCCGAUGGGGAAGUAUAUAAUUCUUUGCUUUCAGAGUUGAUAAAGAGGCACAUGAUCAUUGUAUGGGUGUUUAGGAGAAAGGAGAAACAGACUCCCCUCACUGCAAUAAAAAAUAGAUAUUUCAAAAAUUUCUAAUGUUUCUUCCAACUAAUGUUUCUUCCGUAUUAGCUCUAAAGAGACUCUAGGUUUUGAGUUCAUCCUUUUCGCAGGUGACCCAUUCUAUCCUUGGAUGACUUUAAUUCCUACAGAAAUCAUUUUCCUGAGCCAGAAUUCGCCUCCCCCAACUUCAUUCUGUAGGCCUCACUUGUCUGCUCUGGAGACCUCUAGGCCAGUUACCACCUCCUUCUUCAGCCAGUCAGGACCGCACCAGUCCACUGGGCAGUGCCAGAUCCACUUCUCCUCCUCCUCCUCCAGGACACACAGCACAACCCACAGUCUGCAGCUCUGGGACACCGGGCACCUCGAAGCCAUACAGCCGCCGGGUCCCAAUCCACGAGGCGUGGAGCCCUCAGUUUGUGUGGCUUUAAAAUUUUAUUUCAGCUAAGGAAUCGCUGCAUAACACCGUAUCAUAACAAACGUGAAAACAUUUUCGGGGAGAUGUUGGGAACACUGGUGAGUACAUUUCACGAGGGACAAAAUGUGUGACAUUCCUGGAGGCCAAGGGUGCAGAGCCGCUCCGUGACUGUGAACCCGGGCUGCGUCCGCGUCCUUCGGUGCCCAGGAGACGCCGACGCAGGGGUCUGACAAGGCGUCAGGUUCCGGGACCCACGGCCCGGCCCCAGCGUCCCCGGCCGGGAGCCCACGCGGGCCGGGCGCCGGGGGCGGGCGGAUGACGGCGUGGGGGCGUGGGUCUGCGAGGCGGCGGGUCCGAGCGUCGCUGGCACGGGGCGGGCUCCCUCGCUGGCCGGCAGGCGCGGCGCGCGGAGCAGGGGGCUGGCGCGGGGAUGGCGCACCCGGGGGUCUGGAUGCUCGUGGCUGGCUUCCUGUUGGCGCUGUCACCAGGCCGGGCGGCGGGCGCUCUGAGGGCGGGCAGGCGCCCGGCGCGGCCGCGGGGCUGUGCGGACCGGCCUGAGGAGCUCCUGGAGCAGCUGUACGGGCGGCUGGCGGCGGGCGUGCUCAGCGCCUUUCACCACACGCUGCAGCUGGGGCCCCGCGAGCAGGCGCGCAACGCGAGCUGCCCGGCAGGGGGCAGGCCCGCGGACCGCCGCUUCCGGCCACCCACCAACCUGCGCAGCGUGUCACCCUGGGCAUACAGAAUUUCCUAUGACCCGGCAAGGUUCCCUAGGUACCUGCCUGAAGCCUACUGCUUGUGCCGGGGCUGCCUGACUGGGCUUUUUGGGGAGGAGGACUUCCACUUCCGAAGCACCCCAGUGUACAUGCCUGCUGUCAUCCUGCGCCGGACCUCUGCCUGUGCGGGCGGUCGCUCAGUGUACAUGGAGGACUACGUCACCAUCCCAGUGGGCUGCACCUGUGUCCCUGAGCAGGAGAAGGAUGCAGACAGCAUCAACUCCAGCAUCGACAAGCAGGGUGCCAAGCUUCUUCUUGGCCCCAACGACAAGCCGUCUAGCCCCUGAAGGACACCUGGGAAGGGUUGGGGGAAGACUUGGUCAGCCGCCUGUGCACAGUACACGUGCAAGGAAAAUGGACCCAGCCCAAUAGGAGCAGUCUUUCAAUGUAGAAUAGUUGGCAGGUUAUCUGACCCAAGUAUUCCCUGGUUUUAUUUUAUUUUUUUUAGGCAAAAGUGGGCACAGAAUUAUUAAAGGCUGAUGGGAAGAUGACCAGGUACAGGGCAUCGGUGUGGUACUGGCAUAAGGCCAGCCACACAGAACUCAGUAGCAGGCAAGUGGGUUUGGAAAUGGUUUCUUCAGGCUUCCUGUGAUUGCAGCAGUGUGUGUGGCUGUGUGUGCUCAGCAGUUAGGUGGUUGAUCCAGGAAGGAGAUGCAGAUACAUAAGUUUUCUUUAAAAUCUACUACUUUUUAAAGCAACUGUUUUGAAUAGGAGCAGAAACUAUUUUUAUAUUAGCAAUUUAGAGCAACUAUAUUUAAUUUGUUUUUUACUUGACAUAUAAGCAAUUUAUAACAUUGUUUUCCUCUGAUAGGAUUCUUUAGAGGCGUAUUUGGACUCAUCAGAUAAACUCUUUUCAGCUUGCAUGUGGCCUGGGGCUCUGAAUUCAAGCUGCCCGCCCUUGGCUGACAAUAAUGAAAUGGACAUAUCUGAAUUUGACCUAUUCUUUCUUCCACUGAAAGUCUUCACAGGCCAACAGAUGAGCAGAAAGGAUGCCUAGAAGUGAAUUCCACAAAUCCAAACUUGUUUUUAUUCAGGAGUACAUAAAUGGUUUCAGACUAAUAAUAACUUAAAUUUUUCUCAUUAUUUUGUUGUUGUUUGUUUGUUUUUAUUUUUGAAAGCCACAGUUGUCAAUUUCUGGACAAAAAAGUAGAAUAUGACAUCUUUGCCAACUCUCAGGAAGAAUCCUAUCCUGUAUUGGCCUAGUUAAGACCAGGCCAGUAUGAAGGAAAUGUGGGCCAAAUUAGAAUUUCCAGAGAUCAAUGUUGAAGUUUGUCUUACUUUUCUAUUUAGGUUCAAAGUCCGUCCCUGAAUGCAAUUAUUUG